AAACAUUUACCAUAUAUCGCAGCUUCUUCUUUCCCAUUCCAAGCGAAAGGAGGAAGAAGAUGAAGCUACAAUGGGAAUCAAUCUCCACACUUCACCAAAACGUCUUCCUCUUCAAGGUCCUUGCUGCAAUUUUCAUAACCGGUCUCGCUUUUCGCUUUUACGCCGUCCGCUUCGGCCAAGUUUCCCCGGUUCAAGUGUCGGUGAACGGAAUCUCCGAUCCUCAGAUCUCUCCGCCGUCGGUUAUCAUAUCGGAGAACGAGGAUCUACUCCCCAUCGAUAUUGAGGUGGAGAAGUGUGAUCUCUUCACUGGUAAAUGGAUCAGAGACCCUUUGGGACCAAUCUACACAAAUGGCUCAUGUGGUGUCGAUGUAGAUAGCCACCAGAAUUGCAUCACCAAUGGUCGGCCUGACUCUGGUUUCCUCUACUGGAAGUGGAAGCCUAACGAUUGCUCCUUGCCCCGCUUCCACCCUCUUAGGUUUCUGCAGCUUAUGAGGAACAAGUCCUGGGCUUUCAUUGGUGACUCCAUUUCGCGUAACCAUGUCGAGUCUCUGCUUUGCAUGCUCUCCACUGUUGAGAAACCGGUUGAAGUGUACCACGACGAGGAAUACAGAUCAAAGCGUUGGCUUUUCCCUUCUCACAAUCUGACAAUCUCCAACAUUUGGUCACCGUUUCUUGUUCAAGCCGCCAUUUUUGAGGACUCAAGGGGUGUCUCGUCAGCUGCAGUCCAGCUUCACCUUGACAUACUCGACAAAACAUGGACUGAUCUGUUUCCGAGUAUUGACUAUGCCAUCAUCUCUUCCGGGGAAUGGUUCUUGAAAACCGCGAUCUACCACGAGAAUGCUAAUCCUGUUGGCUGCCAUGGCUGCCCGCAGAGUUCUAACAUGACGGACUUGGGGUUCGACUAUGCUUAUAACACAUCCCUGCGCCAUGUGAUGGACUUCAUCACGAGAUCAAACACUAAAGGCAUGAUCUUUUUCCGGACUUCAAUACCUGAUCAUUUCGAAAACGGUGAAUGGCAUAACGGAGGGACAUGUAAGAAAACAGAACCGGUGGAAGAGGAUGAGGUGGAGAUGAAAGUUGUGAACAAGAUCUUGAGAGAUGUAGAGAUUAGUCAGUACCAGAGGGUGGUUACGGAGAUGGGUCAGGAAGCUGGGAAUUUUAAGCUUCUUGAUUUUGCAGGAAUGUUGCUGACUCGACCGGAUGGGCAUCCCGGUCCGUAUAGAGAGUUCAGGCCGUUUGAUAAGGACAAGAACGCAAAGGUACAGAACGAUUGUCUGCAUUGGUGCUUGCCUGGUCCGAUUGAUUACUUGAACGAUGUUAUAUUGGAGAUCAUAGUGAAUGGGUGAACCGGUAAAUAACCGGUUUGAUUGUAUUUUAGUCAAUGGCUGAAUCACAAACACCGGUUUGGUCUGGGUCUUGUAAAUUGAUAAAGUUUAAGAAGUUGGGCAGAGCUCAUUAAAGAUUUAAAAAUCCGGUAAUGGUUAGCGAUAGCUAUUACUAUGGAUCGAUUUUUGUAAAGUGAGAUUGUUAGUUUUGUUAUGUGCAAAAUUAAACCGAUGUUCAAACAAAAUCUUGUAUGUUUAAAAUUUAAAUCGAUGUUCAAACAAAAAAAAUGUAAAAGAUGUUCUAAAC